AUGAUUUUCCGAUUCAUUCGAGUUAUCAUCAUCAUCUUCUCGUUGGCAACUUUCCUUCUCUCGGUAUUUGCCCUCGUCGGAUCGUACAAAGCAGAAGGCUGGCUCACUGGAACUUACCUCAUUGACUUUCAUCUCACGCAAGUGGACUUGCCCCAAUUGCUUAGUGUCGUUGGUCACAAACGUGACAAUGUACCCUUACCGUUUGAGGCAGCGGAAUUAUUCCAAAACCAUCGUCGAAACCCCGGGUUUGUUCAGGACUCGCUGAACGUUGACGAGUCACAACUGGCGAACAACUUCAAGGCCGUGGGCAUUGCCAAUGCCAAAGAAGCAGCUGUUACUCAACUGGUGAUCGCCGCGGCAACUGGUACUGGUACCACUUCGACUCAGGCUACUGGUGGUCCUCAAUCUGGACCCAAUGGUCAAGCUAAUGGCUUCUACAGCACCGUGUCUGAAGUCAUUCAAGACAUCGCAGAUAACCUCCACUACCGUGAUUUGGGGCUUGCCGAUGUUUACCUGUUGAGUUUCUUUGGCUAUUGUCGUGGUUAUCGUGUGGGUAACUCUUCAAGUACUAACGACGUCUUCGAUAACUCCAAGGUCAACUUCACGUGGUGUCUGCCACCAAAGACCGGAUACAAGUUCGACCCUCUCACGGUUAUUAAGGAUGAAAUCACCAAUAUGAUAAACGGUGAUGUUCAGGGUGCUCCUGAUGGAACGGUUCCACAAUUGUCGACCCAAGUGAAGUCCGAGCUUAAAGUCUUAGUGAACAACCUUGAUGACGCCACGUUACACCUUCCAAGUGGUGUACAGGAGUAUCUCCCCACCGUGAAUAAUUUGACUGUGGCCUCGAUGGCCAUGUUGUUUGUUGUGGCCGUGCUCGGCUUUAUUUCAAUCAUUAUUCAGGUGCUCGCUAUGUGUUUACUGCCAGAUGAUUGCUGUGCUUCCUUCCUUAAUUUCAUGGGGCAAUGCUUUAUGUUUGUGUUCACAUUGGUCACUGCCGGUUUGAUCACUGGGACCUACUUGACCGUUCGUGAUAAGGUGAACGCAGUCACUAGUGAGUGGGGGAUGCGUGCAUUCAUCUCGAUCAACUUAUAUGCAUUUAUCUGGUCAGCUGCGGUCGCUGCCUUACUUGUGGUGAUAUUCUCCGCGUUGGGAAGUUGUUGUGGCUUGUUCGGCACUCACCGCAGAAUGUACACUAGGGUCGCUCCCUUUGCUGCAGCCGCUGUGCCUUAUUACGGUAAGCGUACCACGAUUUAA